UGAAUCGGACUUUGGCAGACGUAAUGGUCAUGACCUCCCUCAAGAUUUUGGCCGCCGCUUUGAUCGUCUUUAUUCCUCAAAUAUCCCAGACCGUGGGAAAACACCUGUCGAAGGAUUCGUCAUCCGGAAAGGGAGACACAGUGAUCGAAAACAAAAAUGUCAACAUCAUUGUCAACGCCGAUCCGAAAUUGAUCGCGGAGGAACUGUGGAAAGUGAUCCUGGCUUAUCUGGACGAGAAACCAUCCUCCACUCUUUCCGCGGAGACGAUAAAAGAACUGAUCCGAAUCGUCGCUCCUGUCAGGGGGAGAAGAUCAGGAUUGUCUGCUUUUGAGAUGUCUUAUGACUUGGAACAAGUCGCGAGAAGAAGUUUGGCUUUGAAUUCAAAUCUCGACCCGGUCGACCGGGAGAUAAAGGCGAAGGAUAUGGCGGCUGAGAUGAUGAGUGUUAUCAAGGAUAUCGAGGAAUCACCUGAGCAGCAAAAAUUGACAGUCACCGGUAGAAGAUUGGACUUGACCGAAAAUGUUGACAACUACGUGGAGAUCAGAGUGAAGAUGAACCAACGUGAUCUGAUGGACGCCGUGAAGGACGAGUCAUCAUAAACUGACACCGAAAAGACGCAAAAUUUUGUUAAAAUCCGUGAAAACUGCCAUGAGAAGAAAAAUGUCAUCGAACCAAAGAAAUAAUUCUUUGAAUUUACUAAAUAUUUUCUUUUGACACUGUUCCAAGAGAUAUGUCUAUCGUUCGGUGACAUUUUUUAUCUUGGUGUGGAAAAUUGUGAAAAAUUUUGUAUGAAUAAAGAGAGUGCUUUAUA